AUGUCUGCUCCACUACUUAACAGAUCGAAGUUUUCUUCCGUCAAUCCUGAUGGAGAAGCGCAGCUUGAACAGGCAGUGUUGAACACUUACGACUCAGUAGUUGGUGGUACUAGUGACAUUGACGACGAUGCUGAAUGGCUAAGGGAACAGCGGAACUCCCACAAAUCGCUCCAUUGGCUUCGUAGGCCAUCGGUGGUAAUGAUUGGUCUCUGUCUCUUCUUGCAUGCGUUUGCUUUCUCAUGUGCUGAAGGUACUCGCCAGAUGAUUCAAUUGAAGUUGGCGUGCAAUUAUGUGCUGAAAAAUAACGGUGGCAAUACAUGUGAUCCCACAGAGACCCAAGUUUUGGUGUCUGGGCUCCAGCAGGCCUACGCUAUUGCUGGAGGUAUUACUACCAUCUUUGCUUCAGGCAAGAUCGGGCCACUUUCUGAUCAGCACGGACGGAAGGUGUUUCUUGCGCUUAUUGUGUUGUUUCUGGUGCUCGGAAAGGCCAUGCGCUACAUUAUCAUGACUACCUUCCCUGAGCUCCAUUUUGAAUUGAUGGUGCUUUCUGAGAUGUUAGCUAACUUGUGUGGAGGUGUGGUUACCAUGGUCACCUUGGCCAGCUGCUACGUUAGUGACAUUGCCGAGGCCCACCAGCGUACGUACUACUUGGGUAUUAACGUUGCGUCUCUUUUCGUAGGGUUUUCCGUGGGUCCUUUGGCUGGUAAUAUGAUUCUUGCCUGGGCUCUGAAAGCUGGUUUAAGUUCGCUUCACAUGAAGGCUGCUGAACAGUUCAACAAGGCACUCUCCUCUGGAGAUCUGGCUUCGUACUCGGCAAUUGAGCCGUGGGAGUUUCUUCCCAUUAAAGUUGAGUUGGGAAUUUGCAUCGCCAUCAUUCUUUUUAUCAUAUUGGUGCUUCCCGAAUCGAGAACUGAAGGCGCCCGCAGAAUGUCUCGCUCACUUUCUCGCUCACUGCUGAUCUCAUCUUUUAAUUCAGAAUUUCCCGACUCGGGAUCCCUGUCCCGGAUGUUGGAGAUGUUCAACUUUCUUCGUCCACUCAGACUAAUUCUGUAUCCUAAAGAUGUCGUUACCAGACUGAGACACCCAGUAAUUUCAUCGUACCGUGUUGCCGUCACAUUGUUGGUCGUUGCGGAGUGUUUGAUGACGACCAUCUCUAUUCCUAUGAGUGAAAUCUAUGUUCUUUACGGAAUCUUCCGGUUUGGCUGGAAUACUCAAGAUAUUGGACACCUUCUCGCUGUUGCCUGCUCGUCCAGAGCAUUUGCACUUAUGGUCCUCUCGCCUAUAAUCAGUAGACAAGUGUUCCAGAAGUUCAUGGGGCUUCGUAUAAACACCACCAGGUUCGACCACGUCGAUUUCUCCAUGGUGAUGUUCUCGUUCGUCAUUGAGAUUGCUGGAAUGUUGGCGUUCAGUGUAGCACCCACGGGUGGUGUGUUUCUUGCGGUUUCCUCUUUAACCUCGUUGAGUGCAAUGGCAAGUCCUGCUCUCAAUUCCUCCAUUGUGAAGUUCUUCCCUGAACUGAAGAUCGGCGAAUUAUUUGGAGCCAUUGCGUUGGUGAAGAAUGUACUCCAGAUUUUGGUUCCAGUGCUCAUUCUCGGAAUAUACAAGAACUCGUUGACGAAAUGGCACUUGCCACAAGUUGUGUUCUGGCUGGUUUCUUCAGUGUUCGUUGUUGGGUUGGGUGCUGUGUGGUAUGUGAACCAUGUGUUGGACAGGGCAGACGAGGAGGUGAAGCAUCUUACGGAGCCUGUGGAGUCCAGACGUGCCAAGACGUUUGGACCUCCACCACUCGACGAUUUUGGCUUUCUGCCGGAAAUAACCGUUGAUUCAGACUUGGGCUCCGCUCCAGGAAGUGCUGACUCACUGCUACAGGCUCUGCCAGUUUCUCACCGUAUCUCGUCGAGAUAUCUUGGCUCUCCAACGCCUGAAGGUGACGACUUUUUAGCUUUCAACAGGAAACUGUUCUACCAGAACCUUAAUAACAGCUCGCAGUACUUGCGCCGAGACAGUUUCUCCUGA